CUCGUCGUUCUUAUCCAAAUCUUUGUUUUCUACCUUAAAAGAUUCUCUUUUUCUGUGUGGCAAUGGAGGUAAUUUCCAGCAGAUCGACGUUGAAUCCCAAUGCUCCGAUGUUCGUACCGCUAGCUUAUCGAACGGUUGAGGAUUUCUCCGAUCAGUGGUGGGCUCUCGUUCAAUCGUCCCCUUGGUUCCGCGACUACUGGCUCCAGGAAAGAUUCCAGGAUCCCCAAAACGACCCUUUCUCCGAUAUUUACGAUCCUGUCCUCCCGGACUUUGACGCUCUCUUCGACGAAGACGACGACGUUUUCUUCGAAAACAUGGAGAUGGAGCUCCGCGGUACUCCGAAAGUUGCGGAGGAGGAGGAGGAGGAGGUGAUGCGGAAGCAGUUGGUUGCAGCCGGAGCUUUAAAGUGGGGUAAGGAUCGCAGUCAUGGGAACGCGCCGAGGUUCGCAGAGAAGGCGCCUAAGAUCGUGAGCGGGAAAGUGAGUCCUAGGAUGAUACAACAACCGAGGUGAUUCACUGAGUUGAGUCGGUGUUUUGGCGGUUGGUUGAUCGAGUUGCUUCUUCUUCGUCUGUACAUAAAACCCUAAAACGAGGGGGAAAAAGAAAAAAAAAAAAAAAAAAAAAAAAAGGAGAGAAAUCCGUGUUUUUCAUUUAAUCUUUUUAGAUGCAUCUCUGUAAUUUCAUCAGUAAAUUUAGGUCCCUUUAACUUUAGUGUUACUAAUAAAGCUUCGAAUUUUCAGAA